UCUUCUAGUCAUUCGACGACGAUUAUUGCGAGCAGAAUACCACCAAAUGAUCAUGAUCAACCCAAGCAGACCUCCGUAACUCGUGGUAAACCAGAGUGGCAGAAAAAUACGUUGCGUGUGUGUGGAAACUGGUCUGAACAGCUUAGUUCAAAGGGAAAGGUGUAUUUCUACAAUUGUAUAACGGAGGUAUCUCAGUGGCAAAAGCCUCUUGAAUGGACACUUCCCGAUAUGACUCAAAGUCAAACCGUUAAGCGUUCAUACUCUACGCUAAGUCAAGUGGAAAGAGUACAGUCCCGGUUGCAAGACGGUGCCUCUUCCCCAAAGCGUCAAAGGUACACGGGGAGUAAAGGUGGUUCUGAUCGAACCAAGGUUGAGGGAAGUUCAUAUUCUCACAUAGAACAACACAACUUACAUCUGGUUUCGCCAAGGAAAGUUGACCAUUCGGGUAAGGCUGCAGUAUACUCAUUCAAACUAGAAUUCUCUCGCGAUGUAGGCCAUGGGUCGCCUCAACGUGUUUCUGGAAAUGUGAGGGAUUCAUUUGAGGGAGUGAAGACUAGCUCGUCCUUAGCUUCGUCCACACAUAACGCCAUUAGCUUAGAGAAUCAUGCGUCUUGUGAGGGAGAUGCUGAUUUACAAUCUAAGGUCCCUUCGGGCAGGGUUCCUGCACAUGACGACCAGGCUCACGCAAUUAUGCCACCGAAACUAGCAACUAUUCUUGCCUCGCAUUCUACUCGAAGUCCGCUUUUGGUGGCUUCAUCCUCUGUUCAAGUGCCAAGUGGCGAUCCUCAACCGUCCAUUUCUCGAUCUUCCAGCCCCUCAUUGCCUCGAGGCGAGGCGGCACUUACUCUCCGACAACAUUCUGCAAAUGCUUGUCAACGUCGGUUUCCUCACGACUUGCCGGUUGUAAAUAACGGAGGUCCACUGCUCCCUGAUACUCUACCUAGAGAUAGCUGCUCAUCCAAAUCUGAUCGACGUUCUGCACAAAUUGACAAACAAUCUGCCGAUGAUGCACUUUACCAUCCACUGUGGGUCCCCUGUGUAGAUAGUGGAGGAGUGUGCUUGGCUGAGCACAUCCGGCAAGCCUUUUCGUACCACUAG